AUGGGAUUCCGCCGGUGCUUGUUUGUUUCCAAUAUGUGUUAUACACUUUCAAAAGUUGUGUUGCUUCAUCUCGUGGUUGUUAGCUCAUCAGUUUCCUCAUUGCAGCAAUCUUGUCAUGACGAGGAGAGGUCUGCCUUGCUGCAAUUCAAGGAAAGCUUCAUCAUUAACGGAUCUGCCUCGUAUUCUUAUGAUGCUUAUCCAAAGAUUUUGCAAUGGAAACUAGCUGAGGGACGAAACGUCAGCUGCUGUGCAUGGGAUGGCAUUGUGUGUGAUGAGAGGACGGGUCAUGUUAUUGGCCUUGAUCUUAGUAGCAGCUGUCUCCUGGGCUCUAUCAACUCCAACAGCAGCCUUUUCCGGCUUGUUCAUCUUCAAGUGCUGAACCUUGCUGACAACAACUUCAAUUCCUCUCGAAUUCCUACUAGCAUUGGGAAUUUCCCUGGGCUCAUGCAUCUUAAUCUCUCUGGUUCUUCCUUUUCUGGCCAAAUCCCUUCCCAAAUUUCACAGCUGGCCAACUUGUCGUCCCUUGAUUUGUCUUGCAGUACUCUCACUUCACCGUAUCCUAGCUCCACUAGCUUAUUCGGAAAUUUGCCUUCUUCAAUCGAAAAGCUUGAUUUAUUAAACACGCUGGAUUUGGCAUACUGCAAUUUCUCGGGUUUGGUUCCAUCUUCACUUGGUAAUCUUAGGCAGCUCAUACAUUUAGACCUUUCAGGAAAUAACUUUAGCGGUCCAGUCCCUAGUUCAUUGGCAAACCUCACCCAACUGAAGGAGCUCCAUCUUGGAAUGAAUGCUUUUAGUGGCUCCAUUCCCUUUGCUCUCGGUAGUCUCAACAGGCUCGAAGUCCUGUCACUUUUCUUUAAUCAUUUUAGCGGUUACAUCCCGGCUUCACUAGGAAAUCUGACCCACCUCAGAGAACUUUAUCUGUAUUCGAAUCAGUUAACAGGUUCAAUUCCUUCUCUAGGAAAUCUCACCCACCUCACAGACCUUAUUCUAUAUGAGAAUCAGUUAACCGGUUCAAUUCAUUCUCUAGAAAAUCUCACCCACCUCACAUACCUUUAUCUGUUUUCGAAUCAGUUAACCGGUCCAAUUCCUUCUUUAGGAAAUCUCAUCCACCUCAUAGCACUUGAUCCGUCUUCCAAUCAGUUAACCGGUCCAAUUCCUUCUCUAGAAAAUCUCACCCACCUCAUAGAACUUAAUUUGUCUUCGAAUCAGUUAACCGGUCCAUUACCUAAUUCCUUAUCCAAUCUCAUCAAUCUCGAGUUAUUUGAUGCAUCUGAUAAUAAUCUGACUGGUACAGUGGAGUUCCGCAUGGUGUUUCAUAAGUUACGACGGCUCACCAAUUUACAAUUAUCUCGUACCAAUUUGAAAAUUUUCACAGAAACAGAAAGUACGAAUGCAAGCCUACUUCCAAAGUUAGAAUUUCUGGGAUUGAGUUCGUGCAACAUAAGAGAGUUCCCAAGUUUCCUGCAGUAUCAAGAAACAUUGGUGUUCUUGGACCUUUCCUCCAACAAUUUGCAUGAAGUACCAAAAUGGAUGUUGAACACAAGCACAGAGACUUUGGCGGAGAUGGACAUUUCUGACAACUUCCUUUCAAGCAUUGUCCAGCCUUCAGAUGCCUUUCCUUGGGUUAACCUACAAGUUUUAGUGCUCAAGAAUAACAAUCUACAUGGAGCAAUUUCACCAUUGAUCUACAGUCUGACUUCUCUUCAGUUCCUUGACCUCUCCAACAACAAUAUGAGUGGAAUGCUUCCCCCCUGUCUCAGAAACUUCAGCAAUGAUCUGCGAGGUUUAUAUCUUGGAAACAACUCUUUCAGCGGCUUUCUUCCUGAAAUAUACACCAACACAAGCAAUCUGAGGGUGAUUGAUGUUAGUCAUAACCAAUUGCGAGGGCAACUACCAAGGUCGUUGGGGAACUGCACGACACUUGAGUUUAUUGAUCUGUCAUACAAUAAAUUCAGCGAUGUUUUUCCCUUUUGGUUGGGAGCUCUUCCGGAGUUAAAAGUUUUGAAAAUGCACCAGAACGCGUUCUACGGUCCGAUGGAGGAACCUCAUCAGGAUAAUGUUGAAUAUUUCCCGGAGUUACGAAUUCUGGAUCUAUCUUUUAAUAGUUUCAGAGGCAAAUUUCCAUCUCAAAAGAUCUUUUCCGGGAAUGUCAUGAGGGGUGUCACUCGAAACCAGUCAACAUAUAUGAAGGUAGAUUCAUAUAUCGAUUCUAAGAGUGCUGUUAAAUUAUUUGAGGAAUAUUACUCGAUCACGAUAACUAGCAAAGGUGUGGAGAGAUAUUAUCCGAAGAUUCAAGAAGCCCUUGUAGCGAUUGACAUCUCAAGCAACAAAUUUGAAGGGAGGAUUCCUGAAUUUAUUGGGAACCUAAAGGGGCUGAUGUCAUUCAAUAUAUCUGGUAACCUCCUAACUGGUCCCAUCCCAUCAUCUUUCGGGAAUUUAACGUGGCUUGAAUCACUGGACCUUUCACAAAACAAGCUUUCAGGACAAAUCCCUCAAAGCCUCGCGCAGCUUACAUUCCUUGAAACAUUCAUUGUCUCUAACAACAGCUUGACAGGUCCAAUACCGCAUGGAACCCAACUUAUUUCAAUGGGUAGCAGUUCAUAUGAAGGAAACCCUGGAUUGUGCGGAGAUCCUUUGCCAAAGAAAUGCGGAGAUCCUAAGGCUCCUCGCCUGUCGCCUUCAAAAACCGAAGAAAAUGAUUCAGGCUCAUUUGAAUUUGAUUGGAAAUUUGUUUUGGCUGGUCUUGGAAGUGGGUUGGUGGUGGGAGUUGUUCUUUCUGAUGUGGUGAUCACAAAGAAGCGUGAAUGGUUUGUUGAGAUUGUUAAAACCAUCAAGCUGAUGAUAGGAAAUUUAUAA